AUGGGUCUAGCAAUGCUGGUAAGACGCUUCCACAAUUUGCCACUCCUGUCUGUUGACGCUGCUUCCGCCGCAGUGGCAGUUCUCUUCACAUCGCAGCGGCUUAAAAAGACACGUGCUGCUUCUACUGCUGCUGCCACUACUAAUACCUCUAAUACCGGCGGACAAACGACGUCCGCUUCAAAGAAAACAUCAACAAAUGGCCAGCGCGGGCAAAAUGGCGAUCACUCAGAUUCUUUCCGCUUCUUGGUACCUGCUGAAAGGCCUGUUUAUGCUCUCUCGCGUGGGAAGUUUACCCCUGGGCGAGGAGGGAAGAGGCCGGAGACAGUAAACGGCUCCACCAUGUCCCGACCGAGGCAGCGUGAUUUCAGUAAGUUCAGUGUGAAAAGGCAGGCUGAACCCGAACCUGGGCAUUAUUGCAGAAACUCAACCACCGAAGAGCGUUCCCUGGCGCAGCGGGAGGUAAGCUCGCGUGAAAAUACAGACAAUUCUUGUCAAGAGUCCAACAAACCCUCGCCUUCACAAUUGUUGAAGCUACGUGUGGUACGCCUGAGUUGA